CCCGGGUAACAGAGAAGCGGCCGCGGCGGUAGAGGCGGCGGAGACGGUUUCUCCAUCUUCCCCCCCUCCCCUUCCCCCCUCGGAGUUUCCCUCCCUCCCUCCCUCCUUCCCAGUCUGGGCACCGAAGCCUGUGACCGCUUCUUUAGCUGAGAGGAGGCUGCCAGUCCGCUUCGGCGGGCCUAUGCUCCGCGCCGUUCUCGGGGCCUCCCUGCUGAGCCUGAGGCUCACGCCGAGAGGGACACGCAGUAAGGAGCGGCUGAAGCAGCUUUGCGGUUGUGUAGUGCAUCCCUGAGCAUGAGCGCAGAAUGAAGCGACGUUUGGAUGACCAGGAGUCACCAGUGUAUGCAGCCCAGCAGCGUCGGCUCCCUGGCAGCACAGAGGCUUUUCCUCACCAGCACCGGGUGCUGGCCCCUGCCCCUCCUGUGUAUGAGGCUGUGUCCGACACCAUGCAGUCAGCCACUGGAAUCCAGUACUCUGUCACACCCAGCUAUCAGGUUUCAGCUGUGCCGCAGGGCUCCGGUGGCAGUCAUGGGCCCACCAUAGCAGCAGUGCACAGCAGCCAUCAUCACCCAGCAGCCGUGCAGCCCCACGGAGGCCAGGUGGUCCAGAGCCAUGCUCACCCAGCCCCACCCGUCGCACCAGUGCAGGGGCAGCAGCAGUUUCAGAGGCUCAAGGUGGAGGAUGCGCUGUCCUACCUUGACCAGGUGAAGCUGCAGUUUGGUAGUCAGCCUCAGGUCUACAACGAUUUCCUGGAUAUCAUGAAGGAAUUUAAGUCUCAGAGCAUUGACACUCCAGGAGUAAUAAGUCGUGUGUCCCAGCUGUUCAAAGGCCACCCGGACCUGAUCAUGGGCUUCAAUACCUUCCUGCCUCCUGGCUACAAGAUUGAGGUGCAAACCAAUGACAUGGUGAACGUGACAACUCCAGGCCAGGUGCAUCAGAUCCCUACCCAUGGCAUCCAGCCCCAGCCUCAGCCACCACCCCAACAUCCUUCCCAGCCUUCAGCCCAGUCAGCCCCAGCUCCUGUCCAGCCAGCUCCUCAGCCCCCACCUGCCAAAGUCAGCAAGCCUUCCCAACUACAAGCACAUACUGCAGCCAGUCAGCAGACUCCCCCACUCCCACCAUAUGCAUCCCCACGUUCUCCACCUGUCCAACCUCACACACCAGUGACAGUCUCAUUGGGAACGGCCCCAUCCUUGCAGAACAAUCAGCCUGUGGAGUUUAAUCAUGCCAUCAACUAUGUUAAUAAGAUCAAGAACAGGUUCCAGGGCCAACCAGACAUCUACAAAGCAUUCCUGGAGAUUUUGCACACAUAUCAGAAAGAGCAGCGGAAUGCCAAGGAAGCGGGAGGAAACUACACUCCAGCGUUGACUGAGCAGGAGGUUUAUGCCCAGGUGGCUCGUCUUUUCAAAAAUCAGGAAGAUCUGUUGUCAGAGUUUGGACAGUUUUUACCAGAUGCCAACAGCUCAGUGCUUUUAAGCAAAACAACUGCUGAGAAGGUUGAUUCUGUGAGAAAUGAUCACGGAGGCACUGUGAAGAAGCCCCAACUGAACAACAAGCCACAGAGGCCCAGCCAGAAUGGCUGCCAGAUCCGCAGACACUCUGGAACGGGGACCACCCCCCCGGUGAAGAAGAAACCCAAACUGCUCAACCUGAAGGAUUCUUCUAUGGCAGACGCCAGCAAGCAUGGUGUAGGAACUGAAUCAUUAUUUUUUGAUAAGGUCCGCAAGGCCCUGCGGAGCGCGGAGGCCUAUGAGAACUUCCUGCGCUGUCUUGUCAUCUUCAACCAGGAGGUGAUCUCUCGGGCUGAGCUUGUGCAGUUAGUCUCUCCUUUCUUGGGGAAAUUCCCUGAAUUGUUUAAUUGGUUUAAAAACUUCCUGGGCUACAAGGAGUCUGUACAUCUGGAAACCUAUCCAAAGGAACGAGCCACAGAGGGCAUUGCCAUGGAGAUAGAUUAUGCCUCUUGUAAACGGUUGGGUUCCAGCUACCGAGCCCUCCCAAAGAGUUACCAGCAGCCCAAGUGUACAGGACGGACUCCACUCUGUAAAGAGGUUUUAAAUGAUACCUGGGUUUCCUUCCCUUCCUGGUCUGAGGAUUCCACCUUUGUUAGUUCCAAAAAAACUCAGUAUGAAGAACAUAUCUAUCGUUGUGAAGACGAACGCUUUGAGCUUGAUGUAGUUUUAGAGACUAAUCUGGCAACAAUCCGGGUUCUGGAAGCAAUACAGAAGAAGCUUUCCCGCUUGUCUGCUGAGGAACAAGCCAAAUUCCGCUUGGACAACACGCUUGGAGGCACAUCGGAAGUCAUCCAUCGGAAAGCACUGCAAAGGAUCUAUGCUGACAAAGCAGCCGACAUAAUUGAUGGGCUGAGGAAGAACCCCUCCAUCGCCGUCCCCAUUGUCCUUAAAAGGUUGAAGAUGAAAGAGGAAGAAUGGCGAGAAGCUCAGAGGGGCUUUAACAAGGUGUGGAGAGAGCAAAAUGAGAAAUACUAUUUGAAGUCUCUGGACCACCAGGGCAUCAACUUUAAACAGAACGACACGAAGGUCCUGAGGUCUAAGAGCUUGCUCAACGAGAUUGAGAGUAUCUAUGACGAGAGGCAAGAGCAGGCUACGGAAGAAAAUGCUGGUGUGCCCGUUGGCCCGCACCUCUCGCUGGCCUAUGAAGACAAACAGAUCCUGGAGGAUGCCGCUGCUCUGAUUAUCCACCACGUGAAGAGGCAGACGGGCAUUCAGAAGGAGGACAAGUACAAAAUCAAGCAAAUCAUGCAUCAUUUCAUUCCAGACCUGCUGUUUGCUCAGAGGGGUGAUCUCUCGGAUGUGGAAGAAGAGGAGGAAGAGGAGAUGGAUGUAGACGAAGCCACAGGCGCAGCUAAGAAGCACAACGGGGUUGGAGGCAGCCCCCCGAAGUCCAAGCUGCUGUUUAGUAACACAGCGGCGCAGAAGCUAAGAGGGAUGGAUGAGGUGUACAACCUCUUCUAUGUGAACAACAACUGGUACAUAUUCAUGCGGCUACACCAGAUUCUCUGCCUGAGGCUCCUACGCAUCUGCUCCCAAGCGGAACGGCAAAUCGAAGAGGAAAACCGAGAGCGAGAGUGGGAACGGGAAGUGCUGGGCAUAAAGCGAGAUAAAAGCGACAGCCCUGCCAUCCAGCUACGUCUCAAAGAGCCUAUGGACGUGGACGUGGAGGACUAUUAUCCGGCUUUCCUGGACAUGGUGCGCAGCCUGCUGGACGGCAAUAUCGACUCGUCCCAGUAUGAGGACUCGCUGCGGGAAAUGUUCACCAUCCAUGCCUACAUUGCCUUCACCAUGGACAAGCUCAUCCAGAGCAUCGUCCGGCAGCUACAGCACAUUGUGAGUGAUGAGAUCUGUGUACAGGUGACUGACCUGUACCUGGCAGAAAACAACAACGGGGCCACUGGAGGACAGCUGAACACGCAGACCUCAAGGACGCUCCUGGAGUCAGCGUAUCAGCGGAAGGCCGAGCAGCUCAUGUCGGAUGAGAACUGCUUUAAGCUUAUGUUCAUUCAGAGCCAAGGCCAGGUUCAACUGACCAUUGAGCUUUUGGACACAGAAGAGGAGAACUCGGAUGACCCUGUAGAAGCAGAGCGCUGGUCAGACUAUGUGGAGCGAUAUAUGAAUUCUGAUACUACCUCUCCUGAGCUUCGUGAGCAUCUGACUCGGAAACCAGUAUUUCUCCCAAGGAACCUUCGGAGGAUCCGGAAGUGCCAGCGUGGUCGAGAACAGCAGGAAAAGGAAGGGAAGGAAGGAGGAAACAGCAAGAAGAGCAUGGAGAAUGUGGAUAGCUUGGAUAAGCUGGAGUGUAGGUUCAAGCUAAACUCCUACAAGAUGGUAUAUGUGAUCAAGUCUGAGGACUACAUGUAUCGGAGGACCGCCCUGCUCCGGGCCCAUCAGUCUCAUGAGCGUGUAAGCAAGAGGCUUCAUCAGAGGUUCCAGGCCUGGGUAGAUAAAUGGACCAAGGAGCAUGUGCCCCGUGAAAUGGCAGCAGAGACCAGCAAGUGGCUCAUGGGUGAGGGGCUGGAGGGCCUGGUGCCCUGUACCACCACCUGUGACACAGAGACUCUGCACUUUGUCAGCAUUAACAAGUACCGUGUCAAGUACGGCACCGUGUUCAAAGCCCCGUAACUGCAGAGCCAGAGCACAUAAAUUGAGGGAGGUGUGUGGGGGGUGGGGGUGGGUUCACUGAUGGGCCCUCACACGCUGAAAAAAUGAGGAAGAUGCCUUUCAAGCCUCACUGGGCCUCUCUGGGACAUGGCCACCAGAUCCGUGUGUGGCUGGUGCAACCUGGCACCAAGUGGGCUAUGUGUAAGAAACAUGGGUACCUUACAUGGCUGGAGCUGGAACUUUCCUCAUGGGAUUUGGGGUAUUAUCCUGCCCAGAGGGGAAGGAAAUCCAUGCAAGCAGAGAGACACUCAGCUUGCGUGCAUACACCAGCAGAGCUAAGACUGGAGUUUCCCGGGGCCUGACCUUUGCUGAGGGAACCAGGUGCUGUUCACACCUUGACUGAUGGGCGUGCAUUGACAAAGACUGGGGGAGGACUCAACACUCAGAUGGGUUGUAACUGAUGGUCACUGCUCCUCCUCUCCUUUCCCCCCAAAAGGGGGAAAAACUGGAUUUGAUUCUUUACCUGGUCUCUCACUCGAGCACAUUUAGAAUUGAUACAGGACCUGUGGUUUGGCUUUGGGAUUGAUCAUCUCGUGGAUCUGAUUCCUGGCAAAUCCCUCGCCGCCUUCCCUUUACACUCUCCUCUGGUUCUCAACCUCAACAAGUUCAAAUCAGUUGUCCUUUUUAGCUCCCGUGGAACUGUUUUGUACCUGCUUCUUUACUAGUCUACCUUAGUGCCAUCCACCAGCUUUCCUCUUGCUCACACACACACACACACACACACACACAAUUUUAACUUGUUUUUUUUGUUUUUGUAAAUAAUGUACAUACUGUCAAUUUUUUAUUAAAAGAAAUAUGCUUUGAUGUGCUAGCAUAACUGCUCUAGCUUCUUGUGUACCAUAGUUCUAUGUGGCUUCAGAUUUAGUACCUAUGAACAGGUGUACAAGACAUUUAUUACACUUUUUACCAAAGGGAGUUACUGUUGUAGUACUUUUGUGUAAAACUUGUCUUCCCCUUUGCCCCAACUUUUUUUUCUUUUUGUAAAUAAAUAAAGCUUGGUUCUUACUUAAGGAA